AUGUCUACCUCAUCGGGUGACUUGCAACUCGCUGCUGCGGCAGCAGGGUUCACUUUAGGAUUCGGAACUCUCACAGUAUGGAGGGCCGUCAAGCAGACAAAGCAGAACAAGUCACCUCACCGUAGUGCUUUUAUCUACAUGAUCUGGGGAGAAAUUCUUGCCAACCUCUUGAUCGGUAUUCUGGGAUGGCUUUUCUUGAACGGAGUACUCGAGGCAGAGCCUGUUGUGCUGUUCUUCAUUCUGUUCUGCUAUGUCUUUGAAGUGCAGUUGUUGCUUCAGAUCAUCAUCAACCGCAUUGCCAUCAUCGUUGAGCGAAGAACGAUGGCAUCCAAGCUCAAGUGGGCUACCGCCAUCUUCAUUUCAUUGGUCAACAUCUUCGUCAUGUGCAUUUGGAUUCCAGCGCACAUGACCAAACCACCAAGUCAGGUCUACGUCGACAUCAAUAAGUACUGGGAUCGUGUCUCGAAGGUCAUCAUCUGCCUUGUCGAUGCAGGCCUCAACUGGUACUUCAUCCACGUCGUCGAUGCUCGUCUGGUCAAGCACCAUGGACUGCGCAAAUACAAGCCCUUGAUCGGCUACUAUACUCGUCUCGGCAUACUAUCUAUCUGCAUGGAUGUCAUGCUGCUCGGUCUGAUGGCAUUACCAAACCAGGUAGUCUACAUUCAGUUCCACCCUGUCGCAUACAUGGUCAAGCUAUAUAUCGAGAUGUCCAUGGCCGAUCUCAUCGUCAAGGUCGCGACCACAUCUGAGAUCGAUGUCCGUCAACACUCAUCCUCCGGAACACCCUUCCCAGACAGCAGAUCACACCCUCAACGCACCUUCAACGAUCGCGAGACAGUCAAUGGAGCGAAGAACACGGCACAUAUCGGUCAUACGCAAAAUGACAACAUCAAUAGAGAAGACAUGAAGGGAAUCCAGCGUCAAACAGAAGUUCAGAUCUUCGUCGGAGACUCAGACAGCGAGAACCACAACGACGACUUGGACAAGACUUCUUCAAGGACAUCUGCCGAGAACAAUUACAACAACCACGGCGCACCUCAAUACAGCUCAAACAACCCUUUCAACAAGAUGCACAACCAGCAUCGUCUCUCGGACGAGUCACAAAUUCCCCUGAAGGACCUAAACAGGGCUGGUGAAGCCGUUUAA